CCAACAACCAACGACCAACAACGACCACCAGCCACCGGCCGGCACACCACCUCAACCACCAGCACACCACCGACCCAUCAAAGCUAGCGAGCAAAGCAGCACACUUCUCCUUCCUGAGGGGGGAGGUGUCUCACAGGCCACACGUCUCACACUGCAACACAAAGUGGAAAAAGGGAAGGCGUGAUCAUUUGUUGUGGCUGUCUGUGCAGCCAGGGUCACACAACGCUGCAGGAUGAGACCACAGCAACAGGGGCGCCACGAUGGGGGAGACCAUGCUGGUGCCGUUGUUGAGGCGCGUUUCAAGGCCCUACGGCAACGGCUGGACCAGCUGGGUUAUCGCCAACCUUUGGGCAUCGAGUCCCUCCCACUCGUGGACAAGCUAUUCAGCGACUUGCUGCACACCACGCUUUCUCUCAAGCAAGCAAAGGAGCAGAUGGCACGCCAAGACCGCGGGGAGGGCGAGCACACCCCUGACCUGAUUGCACCAUACAAAGAAGACAACGCCAAGCUUGUCAAAGAAGUCAACGAGCUCCACAUGGAAAUUGUCCGACGCAAGGAUGUCGCAGAUGCGCAGACAAAGACACUCAAAGCACACAUGAGACAGCUGCAACAUGAGAACGCAGACUUGCGUUUCCUCAAUUCCCAGUACGCGCAGCAAAUCAAGUCGCUUGAGAAAGAGAGUGACGUCCGCCAGAAACGCAUCGACCGCCUGCUGGAGAAGAACCUUCAGGCCGUCAUCACGACACCGGAAGGCAACGAAGCCACAAUUCCAACGCGCCGGCAGAGGAUGGAGAUGACAAAGAUGCUGCCACCAGCUGUCGUCAGCAGUCAGCCAGCACCCGCACCACCGCAGCAGCAGCACGUGAAUGUACUCAGGGCCGCAGAGAAGCGGACCAAAGGCAUGCAAGCACGCAUCACGCAGUUGGAGACGGAGAAGAAAACAAUUGAUGCGAAAAUUGAAGCCAUGCAGGCACAGGUUGCUCGUCGGGACAAAGAAAUCGAACGUCUUGGAGAUCUCCUCCAGGGCGGGCGUCCGCUCGAAAGUCUUCGCGCGGAAACACGAAAAGUUUCAGCGUCGCGGCAAAUUGCAAAGCUCGAAACACAGGUCGACUUCUUGCAAACGACCAACAAGCAGUUGCAGGAUGAACUUGUGGUAGCGACUCAGUCCGCAGAAUCAAACGCCGUCAUGGUGGCAGAGUUACAAGCGCGAAACGAUCAACUUGCUGUCGAACUCGCCCGCCUUGACCACCUGGCUGGCGAGCUCGAGAAGGAGAAGGCAACAAACGCCCACCGACAAUCGCGUCAGCAACAGAAGCAGCAGCAGCGGCUGGCACACGAGCAGGAUGUCGUGCGCAGUAGGAUGCGCGCAGCGGCGGGAUUGCAACUCACACAACAGCAGCUCAAGCGGGAAAACGAGUAUCUUGUGCAUUCGCUGAGUCAGCAGAAACAGGAGAUUGCGGCGCUGCGCUUGGAUAUUGACAAGCUCGUCGAUGACAACGAAUUCCUCAAGUCGCAGCUCACGGCAGAGCAACGCGCACACGCAGAGGCGAACAGGAAGCUGUACAGAUCAGCACUGCAUCCAAACACGCCGCAGCAGCCGCACGCACACCAGAACCGACACCACCGCAAGCACGCGCACGACAAGGCAGAGCAGCCUCCAUCGCCCUCCUCUUCGCGAUCGUCGUCGUCACCGUCAUCGUCACCAUCAACGGCCCAAGGCAACACCACGGCGAGCGCGGAUGCCAGCGGCCGUUCGGACGGCUCUGCACACGUGACGAAGGAGGUGUGGCGAGCAAUGCAGGCACGCAUGGAAGAACUGGACAGGCAGUUGUCCUUCCUCGAGGCGCAGGAUGUGCGACGGGAGGAACACCUUCGCGCUGCAAUCGCAGAACGCGAUCAAUAUCGCCAACUGUGCCGACAACUGGCAAACACACAGAACUCACAGCAACCACAGCAACCACAGCAAAGGGGCCUUAAUGAUACGCACAGCAUUUCAGGCAGCGAAGCAGGCAGUUCAGUUGAACAGCCACAGCAGCGCCAAUCGCACGGCCGCCUGGAGAAGCAGUGGCGUGACGCGUGCGAAGAAAUCUCGCGGCUGACGGCAACCAACCGGGCGCUGCAGGCACAGCUGCACGAACGCAAUGAGGAGCUGAAGCGCAUGCGAUCGGAGUGGAGUGCAGCCCAGGGCACAAUGCAGUCUGCCCAGUUGCAAGCGCAGCGCGCCAUCGAAUCAGAGCGCCAUGUUGAGGAUCUAAAGGUGCAGUUGCGCAACUGCCGUGACGAUUUGCAGCGGAAAAAUGAUGAUGCUGCAGCAUUUGAAGAAAAAAUUGUCACCCUCGAACAACAGAUUCAUCUCCUCAAAGCAGAGAACAGACAGCUUGCUGCAAACCCAGCGCACCAGCGCACUGUCAACCAGUUGACACAAGAAAACGAAGAGCUGCAGCGUCAGUUGGCGCAGUUCAAGAGACAAGUAAAGCAGCUGGAUGCCAAGUAUCGGGAGGAGCAAGCAAAGGUGACGCACACAAUGGGCAGGCGUGAUGACAUGCUGAGGCAGAUGGACGAAGCGUGGCAGCGGUCAGCAGAGAUGCAGGAGGAAUUGCAGCAACUGCAGAACACGCUCUUUGAACGACAGUGUGGGACGCUUGAGGGGCAGAUUGAAGCAAUGCAGCGGCAGCUGGUGGAGAGAAACAGAACAAUUCAGGAGCAACAGCAGGACCUGGACAUGAUGACGCACGAGUAUUCACGUGUACAAAGGCAACUUGAGGUUGCAGACCAGCUUCGCAGCCGCAUCCAGACAUCGAGUUUGGAGUCGAAACUGACGGAGCUUGGCGAGUCAAGGUCAAGCUCGGAGCGCCAACACGACCACACGCGGCCGUUCCCUGGUGCUGUGGCCAUGAUGGCGACAUCCGCACGAGGAGGGUUUGCGCGAUGGAGAUCCGGUCGUGAUUCUCCGAUGAAUUCGGGCGACUUUACGACCAGGCUCACAGCAGAGAACAUGGGGUGCAUGCACGUCAUUUGGGUUGUGCAGAUCGUCGAGCCGACGCUUUGGCGGCAGCACUGA